AGAUGCGGGAAGGCAGUGGAGAAGGGAGGGAGGGAAGGAGAACGGAGCCCGGCCCGGAAGCUAGGUGAGUUUGGCAUCCAAGCCGUGGGACGGGAGGCCGAGACGCCGCGGCUGCUCCCGGCUGCGUGUCUCGCCUAUGUCCCGGAUGGGAUUCGCGUCCGCGCCGUCUCGAGCCUGCAGCGCCCUAGUCCUCGGCCCUCGCCCAGGUUCACCGCAGCCGUUCAGAGGUCCCCAGGAGCUGCUGCUUGGCGAGUCCGCUGCUGCAGGGACCUAUGGAGCCAUUCCGUAGUGCCAUCCAGAGCAACGCACUGCAGCAGCUCCUCUGAGCCUUUCCAGCAAGUUUGUUCAAGAUUGGCUCUCAAGAAUCAUGGACUGUUAUUAUAUGCCUUGUUUUCUGUCAUCCUGCUAGGAGGCGCGAGCCAUGCUAGUUUGAUACCUGAGACGGGGAAGAAAAAAGUCGCCGAGAUUCAGGGCCACGCGGGAGGACGCCGCCCAGGUCAGAGCCAUGAGCUCCUGCGGGACUUCGAGGCUACACUUCUGCAGAUGUUCGGGCUGCGCCGCCGCCCGCAGCCUAGCAGGAGUGCUGUCAUCCCAGAUUACAUGCGGGAUCUUUACCGGCUCCAGUCUGGGGAGGAGGAGGAGGAAGAGCAGAUCCACAGUAUCCGUCUGGAGUACCCUGAGCGCCCCGCCAGUCGGGCCAACACCGUGAGGAGCUUCCACCACGAAGAACAAUUGGAGAACAUCCCAGGGACCAGGAAAAACUCUGCUUUUCGUUUCCUCUUUAACCUCAGCAGCAUCCCAGAGAAUGAGGUGAUCUCAUCUGCAGAGCUUCGACUCUUCCGGGAGCAGGUGGAACAGGGCCCUGAUUGGGAGCAGGGCUUCCACCGAAUAAACAUUUAUGAGGUUAUGAAGCCCCCAGCAGAAGUGGUGCCUGGGCAUCUCAUCACACGACUACUGGACACAAGACUGGUCCACCAUAAUGUGACACGGUGGGAAACUUUUGAUGUGAGCCCUGCGGUCCUUCGCUGGACCCAGGAGAAGCAGCCGAACUAUGGGCUGGCCAUUGAGGUGACUCACCUCCAUCAGACCCGGACCCACCAGGGCCAGCAUGUCAGGAUUAGCCGAUCGUUACCUCAAGGGAGUGGGGAUUGGGCCCAGCUCCGGCCCCUCCUGGUCACCUUUGGCCACGAUGGGCGGGGACAUGCCUUGACCCGUCGCCGGAGGGCUAAGCGUAGCCCUAAGCAUCACCCACAGCGGGCCCGGAAGAAGAAUAAGAACUGCCGGCGCCACUCGCUCUAUGUGGAUUUCAGCGACGUGGGCUGGAAUGACUGGAUUGUGGCCCCACCGGGCUACCAGGCCUUCUACUGCCACGGGGACUGCCCCUUUCCACUGGCUGACCACCUCAACUCCACCAACCAUGCCAUUGUGCAGACCCUGGUUAACUCUGUCAAUUCCAGUAUCCCCAAAGCCUGUUGUGUUCCCACAGAACUGAGUGCCAUCUCCAUGCUAUACCUGGAUGAGUAUGACAAGGUGGUACUGAAAAAUUAUCAGGAGAUGGUAGUAGAGGGAUGUGGGUGCCGCUGAGAUCAGGCAAUCCUUGGAGAUGCAGACACACGCACACACACACACACACACACACACACACACACACACACACACUUUACACAGACUGCUUCCUUAUAGCUGGACUUUUAUCUUUAAAAAAAAAAAGGAAAAAACCCUAAACAUUCACCUUGACCUUAUUUAUGACUUUAUGUGCAAAUGUUUUGACCAUAUUGAUCAUAUAUUUUGACAAAAUAUAUUUAUAACUACGUAUUAAAAGAAAAAAUAAAAUGA